AACCAACUUAGGAAACCUGUGCAGACCUCUCUCUGUCCUGGUCCUCUGUGGUUUUCUCUGCCUGGGAGCCUCCUCCACUCUUCUCCCAUUCCUCCCCAGGCUGUGCCAACUGCAGCCUGGAAUAGGCAUCUUUUUCCCAUGGGGGAAACACCCAGUCCUCACCAGUUCUCCCAGGGUUACCAGCUGAAGAGCAACUGCUGGACUCCAGUCGCACCAUCAUGGGCAACCCAGAGGGGCGCUUCCACUUUGCCAUUGACCGUGGGGGUACCUUUACAGAUGUCUUUGCCCAGUGCCCAGGAGGGCACGUGCGGGUCCUGAAACUGCUCUCAGAGGACCCUGCCAACUAUGCAGAUGCACCAACAGAGGGCAUCCGUCGCAUCCUGGAGCAGGAGGGGGGCGUGCUGUUGCCCCGGGACCGCCCACUGGACACCAGCCGUAUUGCCAGCAUCCGAAUGGGCACCACAGUGGCCACCAAUGCACUAUUAGAACGACGGGGGGAGAGGGUGGCCCUGCUGGUGACACGCGGCUUCCGAGACCUGCUGCACAUUGGCACCCAGGCCCGUGAGGACCUCUUUGACCUGGCUGUGCCCAUGCCAGAGAUGCUGUAUGAGGAGGUGCUGGAGGUGGAGGAACGUGUGGUGCUUUACCGUGGAGAACCAGGCGCCGGGUCGCCUGUCAAAGGCCGCACGGGAGACCUGCUAGAGGUGCAGCAGCCUGUGGACCUGGCGGCCCUGCGUGGGAAGCUGGAGGGGCUCCUGUCCCGGGGCAUCCGCAGCCUGGCUGUGGUGCUCAUGCACUCGUACACAUGGGCCCAACAUGAGCAGCAGGUGGGCACACUAGCCCGAGAGCUGGGCUUCACGCACGUAUCCUUGUCCUCGGAGGCCAUGCCCAUGGUCCGCAUUGUUCCCCGGGGACACACAGCCUGCGCCGAUGCCUACCUCACUCCCACCAUCCAGCGCUAUGUGCAGGGCUUCCGCCGUGGUUUCCAGGGUCAGCUCAAGGAUGUGCAGGUGCUCUUCAUGCGCUCCGAUGGUGGCCUGGCGCCCAUGGAUGCCUUCAGUGGCUCCCGCGCUGUGCUCUCCGGUCCUGCUGGUGGUGUGGUGGGUUACUCAGCCACAACCUACCAGCUAGAGGGCCACCAGCCUAUCAUCGGCUUUGACAUGGGAGGCACGUCCACUGAUGUCAGCCGCUAUGCUGGGGAAUUCGAGCAUGUCUUCGAGGCCAGCACAGCGGGUGUUACCCUUCAGGCCCCACAGCUGGACAUCAACACAGUGGCAGCUGGUGGGGGUUCCCGCCUCUUCUUCAGGUCUGGCCUCUUCGUAGUUGGGCCCGAGUCAGCAGGUGCCCACCCAGGCCCCGCCUGCUACCGCAAAGGUAAGUGCCAGCAUGCAAGUCUGUGUCCUGCCAGACCUUGCCCUCCUCAUGCUGUCCCAGGCCCAUUCAGUCUUUCAGCCUCAUCCCUGCUGCCCACUCCUGGCCCCCUGGCCUCUAUCCCCCAACCCCCACAACGUGCCCACCUCCCAGGGGGCCCCGUGACAGUGACGGAUGCUAAUCUGGUCUUGGGUCGCCUGCUGCCUGCCUCCUUCCCCUGCAUUUUUGGGCCGGGAGAGGACCAGCCACUCUCCCCUGAGGCCUCCCGCAAGGCCCUGGAGGCUGUGGCCACAGAGGUCAACAGCUUCCUGACCAACGGGUCCUGCCCUGCCUCCCCGCUGAGCCUGGAGGAAGUGGCCAUGGGGUUCGUGCGUGUGGCCAAUGAGGCCAUGUGCCGGCCCAUCCGCGCGCUCACACAGGCUCGAGGUCAUGACCCCUCAGCCCAUGUGCUGGCCUGCUUCGGGGGAGCUGGUGGGCAGCAUGCUUGCGCCAUUGCCCGGGCCCUGGGCAUGGACACUGUGCAUAUCCACAGGCACAGUGGGCUGCUGUCGGCACUGGGGCUGGCUCUGGCAGAUGUGGUGCAUGAGGCACAGGAGCCCUGCUCCCUGCCUUACACGUCAGAGACCUUCAUGCAGCUGGACCAGAGGCUGAGCCUCCUGGAGGAGCAGUGUGUGGAUGCCCUGCAAGCCCAGGGCUUCCCCAGGUCCCAGAUCAGCACUGAGAGCUUCCUGCAUCUGCGUUACCAGGGAACUGACUGUGCCCUGAUGGUGUCUGCCCACCAGCACCCAGCCACAGCCCGCUCACCCCGAGCUGGUGACUUUGGGGCAGCCUUUGUGGAGAGGUACCUGAGGGAGUUUGGCUUCGUCAUCCCUGAGCGACCGGUGGUGGUGGAUGAUGUGCGGGUGAGGGGCACUGGUCGCAGUGGUCUUCGGUUGGAGGUCGCCCCCAAAGCCCAGACUGGGCCUCCCCGGGUGGACAAGGUGACCCAGUGCUACUUCGAGGGGGGUUACCAGGAGACCCCUGUGUACCUGCUAGGGGAACUGGGCUAUGGGCACCAGCUUCAGGGGCCCUGCCUCAUCAUUGACAGCAACAGCCCCUUUGUGCCCCCUGCCCCCAGCACCAUCCUUGUGGAGCCCGGGUGCCAGGCAGAAGUGACCAAGACAGGGGAUAUCCGCAUCUCUGUGGGGGCUGAGGCCCCCAGCACAGUGGGCACUAAGCUUGACCCCAUCCAGUUGUCUAUCUUUUCACACCGCUUCAUGAGCAUCGCUGAGCAGAUGGGCCGCAUCCUGCAGCGCACAGCCAUUUCCACCAACAUCAAGGAACGCCUGGACUUCUCCUGCGCCCUCUUCGGGCCUGAUGGGGGGCUGGUCUCCAACGCCCCCCACAUUCCCGUGCAUCUGGGAGCCAUGCAGGAGACUGUGCAGUUCCAGAUCCAGCACUUGGGGUCUGAUCUCCACCCUGGUGAUGUGCUGCUCAGCAACCACCCCAGUGCAGGGGGCAGCCAUCUUCCAGACCUGACUGUAAUCACACCGGUAUUUUGGCCAGGUCAGACGCGGCCUGUGUUCUACGUGGCUAGCCGAGGGCAUCAUGCAGACAUUGGGGGUAUUACACCAGGCUCCAUGCCCCCACAUUCCACUGCACUGCAGCAGGAGGGUGCUGUCUUUCUGUCCUUCAAGUUGGUCCAGGGGGGCGUCUUCCAGGAGGAGGCGGUGACAGAAGCCUUGCGGGCACCAAGCAAGAUCUCUGGUUGUAGUGGAACUAGGAACCUGCAUGACAAUCUUUCGGAUCUCCGUGCCCAGGUGGCAGCCAACCAGAAGGGCAUACAGUUGGUGGGGGAGCUCAUCGGGCAGUAUGGCCUGGAUGUUGUGCAGGCCUACAUGGGCCACAUUCAGGCAAAUGCGGAAUUGGCAGUACGUGACAUGCUGCGGGCCUUUGGAACCUCCCGGCAGGCUCGGGGCCUGCCCCUGGAGGUGUCUGCAGAGGACCACAUGGAUGAUGGCUCUCCCAUACACCUCCGAGUGCAGAUCAACCUGAGUCAGGGCAGUGCUGUGUUUGACUUCAGUGGCACUGGGCCCGAGGUGUUUGGCAACCUCAAUGCUCCGCGGGCCAUAACGCUGUCGGCCCUCAUCUACUGCUUGCGUUGUCUUGUGGGCCGGGACAUCCCACUCAACCAGGGCUGUCUGGCACCUGUGCGGGUGGUGAUUCCUAGAGGCUCCAUCCUGGACCCGUCCCCAGAGGCAGCGGUAGUGGGCGGCAACGUGCUCACAUCACAGCGUGUGGUGGACGUCAUCCUGGCGGCCUUCGGGGCCUGUGCUGCCUCCCAGGGCUGCAUGAACAACGUGACCCUGGGCAACGCCCAUAUGGGCUACUACGAGACGGUGGCGGGCGGCGCAGGUGCGGGUCCCGGCUGGCACGGGCGCAGCGGCGUGCACAGUCACAUGACGAACACGCGCAUCACCGACCCCGAGAUACUGGAGAGUCGGUACCCGGUCAUCCUGCGCCGCUUUGAACUGAGGCCGGGCUCCGGGGGCAGAGGCCGAUUCCGGGGCGGCGACGGCGUGGUCCGUGAGCUGCUCUUCCGCGAAGAGGCGCUGCUGUCGGUGCUCACCGAACGCCGGGCCUUCCAGCCAUAUGGCCUCCAGGGGGGCGAGCCUGGAGCCCGGGGCCUAAACCUGCUGAUCCGAAAGGAUGGACGUACAGUGAAUCUGGGCGGGAAGACGUCGGUGCCAGUAUACCCCGGGGAUGUGUUCUGCCUUCAUACGCCUGGAGGUGGCGGCUACGGGAACCCGGAGGACGCCCCACCAUUGCAGGGCUCGCCCCCACAAUCCCCUGCCUUCCCAGAGCGGGGUAGUGUCUAUGAAUACCGCCGGGCCCAGGAGGCUGUGUGAGGGGCCCCACAAUAAAGAUCCCUUACAUCGCCCAGUUGUGGGACACGGCUGUCAGGCCACA